AUGCCUAUCGAAAAGUCUCGAAAUGCGCCAAUUACGUUGCAUCGAUCAGUAAGUCAUACACCAAGUAUGAUGGUUAAUAUUAAAGAAUACCUCUCGGAUCAACCACAAUUUAUUGAUUGCCCAAGUUGUAAGAUUCACAAUGUCACAGAAGUCAAAUUCGUGCCUGGUCUUUUCACCUGGAUCACUUUUUUCAUCAUUUUAAUAGCUGGGAUUUGCAUACUACCUUUAUUCUUUCUAUGGGUACCGUUUUUGAUGGAUUCAUUCAAAGAUGCGCAUCACUACUGCUCUAAUUGUAAGGUAUGGAUUGGUAACUAUCGAAGACUGGGCAAAAAUGAGUAA